AUGGUCGUGACCGCCGGAUUGCUGGGCCCUGCCGGCAGAGUCAGCCUCCCUGGCCCAAGUAACAAUGCCGUCUUCGGCUCCCGACUGUUCCGCAAGCCCGUCGGCCCGGGCCCCUCUGCAAGGUUGGGACGAAAGCCGCUGGCGCCGCGCAACCCAAACACCACCUGCUUCGAUUCUGGCGGCGGGUCUGGUGGGGGCGCCGGCGCCCUGCGAGGCUACAGUGGCGGCAGCGGCGGGGGCAGUGGGAGAUCGGGAGCUGCAGGGCUCUGGGCCGCCUACACCACCCUCCUCGCCAAGAAGCCGCUGCUGACCAAGUCGGUCACCGCCGGCGUGCUAAAUGGCUUGGGCGACGUUCUGGCGCAGGUGACGGUGGACAAACACCGCGACUUUGACUUCAAGCGCCUCGCCAUCUUCGCUUUCCUCGGCGUGGCGAUGAUCGGACCCAUGCUCCACGCCUGGUAUGGCGUGCUGGGCAGGGUGGUCACCAGCACCGGCCCCAAGGCCGGCCUCAUGCGCAUGGUGCUGGACCAGUUUGUCGCCGCCCCCUUCUUCAUUGGCUCGGUGGUGGCGGCGGUAAUGGUGCUGGAGGGACACGGUGAGCAGGUCGGGCCCAAGCUGCGACGGGACCUCUUCUCCAUCGUGCGCAGCAACUGGGCUCUCUGGGUGCCCUUCCAGUUCCUCAACUUUGGCUACAUCCCUGCGCAGUUCCAGGUGCUGGCGGCCAACUGCGUUGCUCUGGUGUGGAACGUGUACCUAUCGUACGCGAGUCACAACUGA